UCCGAGGCAUUUACCGUGAGAUUUUAUCACUGGGUAUGCCGGGUAAUGGUGAAUUUCUUUUGAUAUUUGUUUCCAUUUUUAACCAUUUAUUUAUGGAAAUUGUGGGUUCCUUUGAUUUGAAUUCCCACUCUGGAAACAAGUUUUUCUUGGGCGUCAUGGUUUCCUAUAUUGAUUAGUUUUUCUUGGGCUCUUCGGGUUUUUUUGUGCAUUCUCUCACUAGCAGCAAGAGAGUGUCAGGAGCAUUUGGAAAUCAUGGAUUCCUCUGAUUCAUGGACUGGAACUUUCCCCGAUGAUGUUAUCAUGAACAUUCUUGCUAGAUUGCCUGUCAAGUCUAUGUUUCGCUUCAAAUGCGUAUGCAAAGCAUGGCAUAAGUUGACUUCUGAUCCUUAUUUCAUCAAAUUCCACAAUGAAAUGCCUUCUGCAAGCUCGGGAGUUUUGGUCGAGAUUGUGCAGUCAGUGUCAAACCAAUCAAAUUUUGUAUGUAUCGAUAGCUCAUCUCACAUGGCUGAGUUUUCAUUGGAUUUCUUGAGCGAUCGGGUGAAAAUUAGGGCAUCUUGUAAUGGGUUAUUGUGUUGUGCUAGUAUUCCAAAUCGUGGGGUUUAUUACAUUUGCAACCCAGCUACUCGACAAUGGAGAAUUCUUCCAAGGACUAGAACAAGGCCCGUAACUAGAUAUCACCCUGAUGAUGAAGCCAACCUCGUUGGGUUGGCUUUUGAUCCUAAAUUUAAAAAAUUCAAUGUUGUUUUGGCUGGUUUUUAUCGGCCUUUUGGUCGAAGAGCUCUCGAUUGUUUGGUUUGUCAAAUUUUUGAUUCAGAAACCAACUUAUGGAGGAGGUCUAUAGUGACCCAAAAUGAUGUUUUUACUCACAUGAACAGGAACCAAGUUGUGUUUGCUAGGAGGUCUCUUCAUUGGUUAACUUACAGUACAUCACAUAUACUUGUUUUGAAUUUAGAUAAAGAAAUUUGGAUGAGAAUUCCCUUGCCAAAUGUGUUAGUGGGUGCUUAUAAUUGCAGAGUUUAUCUAUUGGAACUCGAGGGAGCGGUGUCUCUUGUUCAGAUAACAGAGGGUUUCAUGAGUAUAUGGGUGUUGGAUGAUUGUGUAGGCGAGAACUGGGUUGAGUUGGAAAGAGUGAAUUUAAGGUGUAUCAAAGGGUUUAUACCUAGCAUCUUCCCAAUAAGCCAAAGCAGGGAUUUGAUCUUUUUGGCAACCCAAAGACAUAUAUUUGUGUAUCACUUGAAAAGCAUGGUGUGGAAGGAGGUUUACUCAGUGAAAAAUUCAGUUGCUUACCCAUUGUGGUUUUCUUCAUAUGCUCAUAGAAGCACACUUUAUUCUUGGUAAAAGUUCAAAUUUCUUUCAACCUCCUUUUUUUUUUUUUUUUCAUUUUUUUCUCUUAUAUGUUUCAUUUAUAGUUCUUAUGUUGUACUUACGUUGGCCUCAGCUAUAAUUAAUUGAUGUGCUGGUAUCGAUUGUAUAUAACACAGAAUUUGUGAUAAUGGAUGCAGCCUACUAAUAAAGUUUCUGUUACUGAUAAAAAAGAAAACAAAAUUGCUGUCUGCAUUCGUUUUCUGCCAAUUUCUUCAUAGUUAUAUGGGUCUUCUUUUUGUGUCUUGCUGGAAAAUUGUUUUAUUUUAUUUUAUCCAUGUAUGUUGUCCAAUAAAGGUCUUUUUGUUUCUUGAUUGGUAU